CAGAUGUUGUUGAAAACCACAUGUCAAUUGAUCAACUCAAGCCUAGCUAGGCAAGGGAAAAAGACUUGAGCAGCAUGGAGUUACUACGGGAUCGAGAAAUCCUCUUAGGAUGUUACGAAGAAUUUGUCUUGGGCUUCAGUGUGGACGAAAAUAGUCGUGGUCUCGUGGCCAACUUCUCCAACCACGCUCACGCGGGCUCCGUCAAGGCUUUGGCGGCCGGCGGCAAGUAUCUGGUGUCCGGCGGGUCCGAUGAGAAUGUCAAGAUAUUCAAUCUAAGGAAACGUGAUGAGCACGGCACCUUACAACACCACGAUGGUACCAUUUCGUGCGCAGUGUUUCAUGAGAAUGGCAAAUACUUGUUUACCGGCUCCGAGGACCACAAGAUCUGUAUCCUCAAGGCCAACACCUGGUCGGUGGAGAAGACGCUCUUGAAACACCAGGGCACCGUCACUGACAUCUCGGUCCAUCCUUCCGGGAAAUUGGCCCUCUCAGUGGGUCAAGACCAAAAGCUGAUCACGUGGAACCUGAUCAAGGGUCGCUCAGCCUACGUGACCAAUGUGAAAGAAGCCGCAGACUUUGUACGUUGGUCGCCGAGCGGGAAAUUCUACGCCGUAGGCUUCUACCAACACGUGGACGUGUACGACGUGGGCACGGCCAGCGUGAUCUACGCCGCCCCGGUCAAAGGUCGGGCCAAUGCGGUCGUGUUCUUGGACGAAGACACGAUUAUUGCGGCGGGCGAUGGGCCUAACGUAGGUGUACACUCCAUCAGUCGUCAACGGUUACUUCACGAGUUUGCCGCCCACGAACGACGGGUCCGUUGUCUCCAUUUGGAGCCUGGACAGUACGAUGAUGAUAAAGAGUUCGCUUUGGUUACCGCCUCCAACGAUGGAUUGAUCAAAAUCUGGCGUGGCUCCCGCCCCUCGCCAGACCAUUUCAAAUUCGAUAUGGAUGUGUCGCAUGACGCCAAAUGUCGCAUCACGUGCCUAGUGGUGCAUAAAACGCCGGAGAUCAAAGAACCCACCAAAUUGAUGGCGAGUCCGCCCGCCAAUGGGGAGGUGAUCACUGUCCCGGAUGAUGAGGGUGAAAAUGUUGGCAGUGCCAAGAAAGGCAAUAAAAAGCGAAAGAAGCCGCCGACCAAGAAAGGGCUGAAACCGAAGCAAUCGACCGUGGUCGAAAUUGAGGCCGCGGCUGAGAAUUUGGAGGACAAGGUGAUGGCCAAACGGGUUCGUUUAAGUGAAAAGGCGAAGAAGGUACUGGAGCCUCGAACUCUUCGCCAACGUCAGCCCAAGAAAAUGUAGUUAUGUCCAAAAGUCAUACAAAUACACAAUCCUAUGGCACAGAAGA